GGAGGCGGGCGCCCCCCGCCGCGACACCCCCGCCGCCCCACACGCCAGGCCCGCGGCGCUCCCGCCAGGCCGGCCGGCGGGGAUUCGGACGCCGCGCCCGGCUCGAGGGAGGGGGCAGCGCGGUUCUCUUGCUCGCCUUUCGGGCCCCGCCGGCCCCGCCGGCCUCCCCUCAGGAAGCAGGAGCCGGGGCAGCGCCAUGUCCCACACCACUUACAAUAAAAUAUGGGCAGAAGCCCAGCUGUCCCUCAAUGGCCUGCUGCAGAGGGAGAUGGAAGAGAAGUCCCAAAGGCCCACGAAAGACCGCCUUCUCGUGUUUCAGAUGCUGGGCACCUUCUACAUCAAGUAUGUGCAAAUAUUCCGCAAUUUGGAAGCUGCUUACGACCAAAUUGUUCACCCUCAGAAGCGCUUAAUUAUUCGGCAAAUGCUGGACGGAGUAAUGGGCCGUAUUCUGGAGCUGAAGAAUGAAAUGGUAGAGCUGGAGUAUUCGGAAUUUCAUUAUUUUGAUGACAUCUUACAGGAUCUCAAGCUGUCCCCUGAUAGCAUUGACAUCCCCAUCCCAAGGUAUUUUAUUAAGGAGAAACUGAAGGCGCUGAAAGAGAGAGAGAGAAUCCUUGCUCAGAUGUUGCUUGAUGCUGGCUUGUACGAUGAUGAACCUAAGAAAAGCGUGAAGGCCAUGGUCAUGGAAGAAGCUGUUAGACUAAUCCAAAUAGCUGAGCGGGCCCGACAGGGCCGGCUCAGGGCUACAUUCAUGAAACAAAUCUACCUUGAAGAAAAGAGAGAGAGGCUAGCAAGACUUCAUGGUGUGAAAGGCCCAAACCCAGAUGCCAGUGCUGUUUGCAUUCAAAAGUUUUGGCGUGCACACGCCCAGUUGAAGAGAACUUUGAAAAUCAGAGACGAUGAAAUGAUAUUUCUAGGGAUGAUCCCACCCCCUCACUUCCAAAGACCUAGUGCUUCUUUGAUUCGUGCCCAGAAGGUGGAUAUUCUGAGGUGUGAAAUUCAAGAGAAGCAUGAGUCCGAUUACCAGAAAGCUCUAGUAUCCAUCAAAGACCGUGUGAAAGAAAUUGAAGGCCCUGACAUCAAAGAGAGUCUGCAGGAUCAGAUCCGCCAGUGGUUCAUUGAGUGCCGACAUCUGACAGGAAAGUUUCCUGACUACCCUGACGAAGAACAAGGAGGAUCAACUGCUAUUUUCUCUGCAAAAACUCCAGAGGAGGUUGCAGCUGAGCUAGCUGCGAAAGAAGCAGAACAACAAAAGAAGAAAGGGAAGAAAAAGGGGGAGAAAGAAAAAGGAAAAAAGAAAACAAAAGGAAAGGAAGUUGAAAAGAAAACAAAGAAAAAGGGAGAGGAUGAAGAAGACGGUUGGAAAAUGGGCCCCAGUAACUUUCUUCCAAUAAUGGAAGCAGGAAACAACAAGUAUAAAGAUGUUUGGCAGAACAGAGAUGAGGGAUGGAACUUCUCACAGGAAUAUGACCCGGAGCUGAUCAAAGAGGAAAAGCGGAAAGAAGUAGAAGAAGAGAUCAGAGUGCAGGUGGAUGAGCUGAUGCGUCAGGAGCUAAAGAAUCUCAAGUUAGCUGUGGACAGAGAGACCGAGAAAAAGGCAAAAAAAGGCAAAAAGGGGAAGGGGAGAAGAAAAGGAAAAAAGGGUGGAAGGAAGAAAAAAACUAAGAAGGAUAAAGAUCUGACUCCUGACAGGACCAUUGAUUCUAUCUUCAAGGAACUGGUAGAAGAAGGGAUAUUAAUAAGAGCCAAGAAAGUGAAACUCAGCGAUUAUGUGGGCGAAUACAGCUAUCUGGGUACGACACUUCGACAGGUGGACAUAGAACCAAUGCCUUCUCUCACAGAUGUCAGGCAGCUCAUCGCACUCUAUGGAAUAUUGCCCUUAGGUUCCCAAUCUGUUCAUGAAAAGGCUCCUCUGGUGAAAUCCUUGCUGCUUGCUGGACCGGCAGGAGUGGGAAAGAAGAUGCUUGUCCAUGCCCUCUGCACAGAAACGGGAGCCAACCUCUUCAAUUUAUCUGCCGCUAACAUUGCCGGUAAAUACCCUGGCAAGGCCGGUCUGCAAAUGAUGCUCCACUUGGUGUUCAAGGUGGCCAGACAACUACAGCCUUCAGUCAUCUGGAUUGGAGACACGGAGAAGACAUUUUACAAGAAGGUGCCGAAGGCUGAAAAAGAGAUGGAACCUAAACGUCUGAAAAAGCAACUUCCUAAAAUUCUGAAAACCAUGAAGACUGUGGACAGAAUCUUGGUAGUAGGGACUACUAGACGACCUUUUGAUGCAGACCUCAAAGCCUUCUGCAAAGUUUACAAGAAAAUCAUUCUGGUUCCAAGGCCAGACUAUGCGUCAAGAUUCGUUUUAUGGAAACACUUCAUUCAGUAUAAUGGAGGGUCUGUCACAAAACAACUGAACAUCAGCUGCCUGGCUCAGGUGUCUGAUGGUUACACUCAGGGGCACGUAGUCAGUGCGGUUCAAGCAGUCCUCACCGAACGGCGCCUGAUGCAGCAGAUCAAGAAACCGUUGAUAGCUGCCGAAUUCCUCAGUUUUCUAGCCAGGCAGGACCCAGUGUACAAAGAGGAGGAAGAAACAUUUAAGGCUUGGUACGCCAAGACUCCUCUGGGAAAAGCACGCAUCAAGUCACUGAUGGAGACUGAAGAAACUGGGAAGGGAAAGGGGAAAGGGAAAGAUAAGGCGAAGGAUAAAGAGAAAAAGAAGGGGGCAAAGAAAGGCAAGAAGAAGUGAAAAGCCAUCCAGAAGUCUUUGAAACGUGCACCAUUGUCCAUCAGCUGCUGUAGAGGAAGACUUCUUUGAAACCCCCAAUUCCCUCAAACAGCCUCCAUCUCAAACGUCUUCUGUGGAAAACGCUGGACGGGAUACGUCAGUGUGACAUUUAAUCGCUCCCAGGUAACAAACGAAUGACCACUGAAUUCCUCUAGUAUCCCUUAGGCCACUUUCUUUAAAAGUUAACUUUGUCUCUGAUUAAGCAUUUGAAAGAGUUCUUAAGAAGAUGUUAAUCUCCAACUUUAGAUAGCAUUAUUUUUAAUGGUUUUAUUAGUAUAUGUACUACCUUUAGGUCUUUUCCCUGUUCGUGUAACUUCCAUGUUUGGACUCUUGUUUUUUAUAUCCUUUGGGCAUGAUCCUUCUGCACAUGAGGUGCAAGUGAGCACAUAGGAAGGAAUCCCCGUGUUUCUCCACUGUCUGCACCGUAUGCAGGUAGAAUUCUAGGGUAGUGGAGGGGAUGGUGGUCCUCCCAUAGUCUCACUUAGGUGAGGUGCACCACGGGAGGCGAGUGGGCGAGCGAAGGGGAGGGGAGGUGCACGGAGACAUCCUAGUCCUUGGAUCGCCCUGGAGUGCUGAAGGAGAGGCGAAACAGGGCUCCUCCGUUGAACUCUGUGGGUACCCCGGUGUGCAAGCACAGCACUCUAAUGUGUGGAAGCAUUAUGCCCUAUAUGUUGAUGCCUUACAAAACUACCCUUU